AUGAAAGUCCUUAUCUUGGUCGUGGUGAGGAUUCUGUUUCUGCCGGCCACUGCUUGCCAACGUGGCAUGAAAAAUGUCUUAGACAACUCAGCAAAGUCAAGUUUAACUAUUAAGACUUUCAAUGGUGCUCCCCCAAAUACUUUUGAAGACUUCCCACUUUCUGACAUAGAGGGCUGGACAGGAGCCACCACAACUGCCAAAAUGAAGUGCCCUGAAGAAAACUUAUCAACUCUGAACGUGAAUAAUGCUACCGCGGGAUACCUGAGAAGUUCCCUAAGUACCAAACUGAUACCUGCCAUCUACAUCCUGGUGCUUGUGGUUGGUGUACCAGCAAACAUUGUGACCCUGUGGAAACUCUCCUCAAGGACCAAGUCCGUCUGUCUGGUCAUCUUUCACACUAACCUGGCUAUCGCGGAUCUCCUGUUCUGCGUCACCUUGCCAUUUAAGAUUGCCUACCACCUCAACGGGAACAACUGGGUAUUUGGAGAGGUCAUGUGCCGGGUCACCACAGUCAUUUUCUAUGGCAAUAUGUACUGUGCCAUCCUGAUCCUCACCUGCAUGGGCAUCAACCGCUACCUGGCCACUGUCCAUCCUUUCACAUACCGGAAGCUGCCCAAACGCAACUUCAGCCUGCUCAUGUGUGGCCUGGUGUGGGUGAUGGUUUUCUUCUACAUGCUGCCAUUUGCUAUCCUGAAGCAGGGGUACCAUCUUGUGGAGCCAGGGAUCACUACCUGUCACGAUGUGCACAGCACGUGCGAGUCCCCAUCUCCCUUCCAGUUCUACUACUUCAUCUUCUUAGCGCUCUUCGGAUUCUUUGUCCCAUUCGUGGUCAUUGUCUUCUGCUACGCAACUCUCAUCCACAAACUUAAUGCCCAGGAUCGUCGAUGGCUGAGGUACAUCAAGGCCGUUCUCCUCAUCCUUGUGAUUUUUACAAUUUGCUUUGCUCCCACCAACGUUAUAUUCCUAGUUCACCAUGCCAACUACUACAACAAGAACACUGACAGCUUGUACUUCGUCUAUCUCAUAGCUCUGUGCCUAGGUAGCCUGAAUAGUUGCCUAGAUCCAUUUCUUUAUUUUAUCAUGUCCAAAACUAUAGAUCAGCUUACUUCUUAAGCCAACAGUGGCCAGGUCAUCCUAGAGAACAAGGAAAGAUAUCUGUGAGCACGUACAUGCUUGGGUCAACUUGUCCAUGACACCAACAGCUCAAUGUUUUGAUUUUAAUUAAUUAAUUUUUUUUUUUUUUUUGAGACAGUGUCUCACUGUACAGUCCUGGCUGGCCUGGAACUCUCUAUCCAAAUCAGGCUGUCCUUGAACUCACAGAGAUCUCGCU